ACAAAACAGUGGGUCUGAGUGGGUCCUAUUACCGAAAGGCAUUGUCAUGUAUAUGAGAUUUUGAUCGGUGCACGUCUCUCUCUCUUAACGUCCACGUGCGAAUCUGUGAUUUAACGUGCGCACGAAAGAGGGAAAGUGCGAGGGAGACGAUAUUGGUUCGAACGUACAGAAUCGCGUAUAAACUCCCUCGUCGCCGUGAGUAUACCAACAUCGCCAACCAACCUCGACGACAACGAGAGGCACAUCGACGACGUCUCCGUGUGUGCGCGCGCGCGCGCGCGCGAAAGAGAGAAAGAGAACGAGCGUUUUUCGUUUUUUUUUCCUUUUUUUUUUAAACAUUCGUCCACUUUGUUUAUCGUCAAGAACACAAUGGAAUUCGUUGCGUUGUGAUACGCAGCCGGUGGCGCUUGUCCCAGGUACUUUCGCGGCAUUCUACGCUUUUCCCUUUCAUUCGUUAUUUUCACAUCUUACGCUGUGUGUUAACUCUAUUAUAACCUUUCGCUCCUCUCCCUCUUUAUGCCUGUCAAUCCGUCCUCCGUCCUCCGUCAGCGGAGAUGAUCGGUCCGCGACCGAUGCUUGUGUUUACUUGAUACGCGCGGCGACUCGCUGAUGUGUUCGCGAGAGAUAGACUUUAGGUGUCUCUCUCAUACAGUUUCCGAGAGAAAUGAAACAAAUCACGUAUCAAGCGUCGUUAUUGUGUGUACACUUUUGCAAGUUAGAGCUAGCUUUAUUUACCAAUACGUGUGGUUUGCUGUGGAUUAUCUCUCUCUCUCUCUUUUUUUUUUCUUCCAAGGGACUAUAUAAGAAGCUGGACAUAACUAAAUUCGAUGUGACUAGUUGCAUAUCGAAAUAUUGGAUUAAAAUAAACUUGUUGUGAUUAUGAAGAUCAUAGUUAGAAGAUCUGUUUAUAGUGAACCUGACAUUGAUAUUGAAUACAUUCAAUGAAUGAAGGUGUAUGUAUCAUCCUCUCUGUACUGCAUUUUAAUGUAACUAUUACGGAAACACUGUAUAAAGGAGAAGGUUACAAGUGAUUAUGGAUUUUUGUCAUGGAUCAAUGGCGAUCUCAUGAAAUUAUUAAGUUUUCAAGUGUUGUGCUAGAGAAAAAAAAGUGGAUGUGUUAAUCAAAUCUACAAGAUACGAGUGCUUGGUGUGCCUGCUUGCAGGCAGAAACAUUUUUUUAAAAAGUAGUGCCACCAGGCUAUGGCCAACUUGAACUUUGAACAACCGCCACGCAGUAUUGCGAACGCAAGUCUUACUUCACGUGCUACCGCUGCUGGGGGAGGUUUGAACACUGUGGCCCUCACGGGUCAUGUCACGCCUACCUCGGGCAUGUUCUCAGGCUCGUCCGCAAGUACUUCGAGUACAGUCAAUUCAGCGAUAGUCGCCACUAACGUCGUUUAUCCUGGAGCAUCUGGUUCUAGCGGUGGACAGAAUAAUCAUCAGCAACAGCAGCAACUCUCUCCUAUGGGCAGUAGAGGACUGUUUGGACAGAGAGCUUUUACUGAUAGACGUACGAUGCCUGCUCUUGGAGCUUCAAAUCCAAUGGGUAGUAUGGGCAGUUUUGGAAUACCUCCAAGUCGCAAUUACGGAUCUCAAGGUGCGGUUAACAAUUUCCACUCUGUUUUUGGGAGUGGAGGUGGUGGAGAUACAAGUACUCCACCUCUGUUAGAUCUCUCGGAGUUUCCCUCCCUAACGAAUAGAGGUCAAGGUGAUUCUAUGCCGCAACCUAGUCCUAUGCCAGGAAAACAGCCUUAUGUUGGAAUGGUAAAGCAACCAACAUCCGAAUCGAGCGAAUUUACAAUGAGCUCGGAGGAUUUUCCUGCAUUACCGGGAACGCAGAAUCGAGAAGGUCCGUCACCUGGUGGUAGCAUGUCUGGUGAUAAAAAUAUUCCUGUAGGACUUGGUCCUGAAAUCGGACAAGAUGUGCUACAAGCCAACAGAGCACCUGGAUCUGAGAAAUCUCAAUCUUCUAAAAGAGGCAUCCAAACAUCGCCCGAUGGCAAGGUGACGAAUAUACCUGCAAGCAUGGUGAAGGAUCAAUUCGGCAUGGUUGGGCUUUUGACGUUCAUCAGAGCGGCAGAGACAGAUCCAAACUUGGUGUCGCUAGCGUUAGGUCAAGAUCUUACUGCAUUAGGACUGAAUUUGAAUUCACCAGAAAAUCUUUAUCAGAAUUUUGGUGGCCCCUGGGCGGAAACUCCGUGUCGACCACAGGAUAUAGAUUUUCACGUACCACCAGAAUAUCUUAUAAAUGCCGCAAUCAGGGAUAAGCUAGCGCCAGUUAAACUAAAUCGAUAUAAAGAUGAUCUACUGUUUUAUAUGUUUUAUACAAAUGUUGGGGAUGUAUUGCAAUUAGCUGCUGCGGCGGAAUUAUACAGCAGAGAGUGGCGAUAUCAUAUGGAGGAAAAAGUUUGGAUAACGCAGGCACCAGGUUUGGGAAUUGUAGAAAAGACGUCGACAUAUGAACGUGGUACUUAUUACUAUUUUGAUGCGCAAAACUGGAGAAAGGUAGCUAAGGAAUUCCAUUUGGAUUAUGCAAAACUAGAAAGUAGACCUCAUCUUCCGUCGAACUUUCAUCAAACUCAGCCUUGACUACAGACUUGUCUGCAGACCAUUGUGCUGUCUUUAAGCUGGAAACGAAUCAGCUAUUGUAUAAAUGAACAAAUUUAAUAAUCUUUAAUAAAAACAUAAAAUUUGAAGAGUAA